AUGGCUCUGGUAUCUGGCACUUUCGUUGCCAAGUGGAUAAGUCUAAUUUGGAUGAUUUCAAUCGUUCAUCAAGUUUCAUCGACCGACGUCAACAUUACCAAAUGCUUCAGUGAGUGCCAACUAAAAGUCGCAAAUGAGCUCAGAACAUACCGAAAAUUUAUUCGAGUCAUUGCCCAUAAGGCAUCACGAGUAAUCUACUUUGAUUUAUAUAACGGGCGCGAAAAUCUUUACAAUAAAUCGAAAAAUAUCAUCUAUGCAUGGGUUCGAAAAGGGGAUGGCAAGUCUAUUUUCUCCUUAUCAAGCAACUAUAUGAGUUCAACAUUAGGUCUACCCUCGGUAUUUACGCAAAAUUUCACCAUCAACCUCAACGAGACAAAACCAGGCUGCUAUAAUGCGCUGCCAUUACAAUGUAGACGCCAUUUGAUAUUUACUGCUUUAACCAAAUUUAUUCGAUUGCCAAGUCUAUGCCCUCCGAAGUCAAUUUGUGGUACUAUCUGCAGAAGGAAUUAUUCUGCAGAAAUUGGUGCUAAUCCUACUACUGUCAUCUAUUCAUGCUGCAAUGAAGAUGAUAUAGAAUUUGUGGUUGAUAUUAAUAAAUGCCUGGUGCGCGAGCCAAUUGAUUGGUAUGUUCCCUAUAUGCAGAUGCUGACAAUUAUUAUCAGCAUCCCAAUCAGUGUAGCCUUUAUGGUCAAAUGUAUCAAUGGCUAUAUGGACUCUCGUGGAAAAACAACCACAGAAAACUCUCAAAAGAUUCGGAUCUUGAAUUCUUUACAAUUUCAUGCCAUUGGAUAUUUUUACUUACGUAAACUGGACGAAAAAAGUCGAUGCAAGCAGCUUGGUUACUGUUUCAAGCUCAUUUUACUGGCAUUAAUUGCUUUUGCUGGAGCAAUACUGUCGGUUACCUUUCAGAUAUUUCCUGCGUAUUUUCAGUUCCACCCUAGAAUUUACGACAUUAAAAUACCACGAAAGAUCUACUUCGGUGUCUCAAUCGUGGGUUAUUGCUAUGCGUUGCUAACAACGAUUGUUGUAUUGCCUCACUUGAAGCAAUUUUGCUGCGUAAACUCUCCAAUUCGAUCCAAGCAAUCGCAAGAUAAAUCAUUUAAAUGCUUUACUGGUAAUAGUCAUCGACAAUUACAUUUCCAGUUUACUAAUUACAUGAAAGAUGCCGUAGCUUAUUGGAGAUCGGGAAGUUCUAUAAGUUUUAUCCAAACUUGUUUUUCAAUAUUUAUAUGCCUGCCAUUUGUGAUCUUGGCAAGGAUUGAAAUUAUUCGCAUUGUUCUAUUUAUUACCGACAUCUUAUCAUUAAAUAUGGCUAAUAACCUCCUGCCUACGACAUCUAGAGCAACACCAACGUAUCGCUUAAUAUCGACACUGUUUGCUAUUGCAGCCCUAAUGUAUUCUGUAUUGACCAUCUUCGGCAUUUGGUUAUUUUUGCAAUUUGUGGUUAAGGUAAUAAUUACAUCUACAGCUUUUAUAAUAGCUCAUUCUGUCUAUUUCAGCGUGGUUAUAAUCCUUGUUGUUCCUUACGUGUUUUACGUGAUCAGAAUUAUUGAUGCGUACAGAAGGAAGGAACAUAUGAUACCUCAAAAAGUUCUUAGAUUAAAAGAAGUCGUAACGAAAAAGGUCCGGGAGGUAUAUACAGCAAAAUCAGGCACACUACAUGUAUACUUUAAGCUAUCUCGCAAUAGUAAGGAUGAAAAUAUUGCUAUUGAUGUACCAGAAAUGCUAAAUGAACAAACUAUAAGACAGCAGAUUUGUGAAAAUUUACAAGAGCUAAUUAAGGCUAACCAUCGUACUCUAGUCGAUGGAGUGUCUAAAAUUACGUUCCAAUAUGAAAGACAAGAGGAUAAAGUAAAAGUAACUUUGCCACAGCUUAAUCAAGAUUAUCUCACUAAGAGCUGUAAUUUACAGUUAAGUCAAUUAACAGAUUCAAUUGGUGAGCAUUUAAAAAAUCUAACUGAGGAAGAAUUUUGCAGCAAAUUGACUCAAAUUUAUUAUCCGAUCGAAAAUAUUGAUGAUUUUCCAUGCGUUGGAAUUCCAUUAGAACUCUUUUAUUAUCUUCGAUAUUAUGCUCCAGAAAUAUCUCUUAAUCUAUGGCGCGUUUUCCUUAAUGUUUCAAUAACCACUGGAAUAUUUCUAACCUUCUGCUUGACCAUCCUACUCGAUUCCAAUCUGCCGACGAUCUUUACGAUUAGCGCUGCAGCUGCCAAUAUACCAUCUGUCUAUAUUACCACAACACUGUCAUUAAAAUAUUUGACUAUUUCCGAGGUUGCUGGUCCGACGGCCGAUAUGAUUCUGCUAACAAACAUUCUUCAGUAUCAUAGAGGCUAUCGAUUUUUCUGUACAAGAGGCAUUGAAUUCCAACCUUUUGAACAGCUGAAGAGAAUCCUUUUUUCUUAUCGUAAUCGCCAAAAUGAAAGAGCUGAGGCCAUUAAUUACAACAGCCAACCUCGCGAUGGGCUUCUGUAUCGCGUUUAA